AUGGGCUCUUGUAUGAGCUCCGAGUCUUCGGGGGAUGCGGAACAGAAGAAGAGGAGCCAGAUGAUUGAUCGGAGGCUCGAGGAAGAUCAGCGGCGGCUUCGAAGGGAAUGCAAGAUCCUUCUUUUAGGGUCGGGCGAAAGUGGCAAGUCUACAAUUGUGAAACAGAUGAAGAUCAUUCAUCAAAAUGGCUACACCGUGGAAGAGCUGGCUCUGUACCGGUUAACCGUGUACAAGAAUCUGAUCGACUGCGCCAAAGCAUUGAUUGAUGCAUAUCAUCAUUUCCAACUGGAGCCAUCUAGUCAAAAAGUGAAGGAUUACAUGGCCGUUCUCGAAGAGUACCAAGUCGACACAGACCCCAAUACCCCUUUGGAUGGGAGUAUCGGCGAUGCCGUCACAUAUCUUUGGAACGACCCUUGUACUUCUACCGUGCUGGAACGGCAAAACGAAUUCUAUCUGAUGGAUUCAGCACCUUAUUUCUUCGAAGAAGCCAAGCGAAUAACGGCCCCGGAUUACAUUCCCAAUGUUUCAGAUGUCCUUCGCGCGCGUACCAAGACUACCGGUAUCUAUGAAACACGAUUCACAAUGGGACAGUUGAGCAUACACAUGUUCGACGUCGGCGGUCAGCGUAGUGAGCGCAAGAAAUGGAUUCACUGUUUUGAGAAUGUGACAUCCAUCAUCUUCUGUGUGGCCUUGAGCGAGUACGAUCAAACAUUGUUAGAGGAGAGCAAUCAGAAUCGAAUGAUGGAGAGUCUGGUGCUUUUUGACUCGGUGCUACCACGGUCACCGCUGAGCAAUUACUUUCCGGACUACUCUGGAGGCAACGAUGUGAACCGUGCGGCCAAGUAUCUACUCUGGCGGUUCAAUCAGGUGAAUCGCGCUCACUUGAAUCUCUACCCUCAUCUCACUCAAGCGACCGAUACGACCAAUAUUCGGUUGGUCUUUGCCGCUGUCAAGGAAACCAUCUUGCAGAAUGCCCUGAAAGACUCUGGUAUCUUAUGA